AGUGCAGGGUUAUUAUUUCCUGAGUCAUUUUGUCCUCUUGUUUGUCUUUUUCCAUAACAACAAAAAAAGGUCAAGUGGUGUCUGGUCUCCUGCUUAGACACGGCUCUUCUGUCCGACUGCAUUCACACAGAUCCGACUGAGAUCCUGUGAACUAUGGAGAGAAGCGAGAAGAGAAGAGAGAUAAGGAGUGUUAAUGAGAUGCUGAAAAGAGAGAAAGAGGAGGAAAAUGAAGAAGUCCUGGUUGUGAGCCGUGGACAAGAGGUGGAGGGACGGGAGGAUUUGGAGGUCUCCGACUCUGAAGAUGAGGAGGAGGAAGGAUCCACUCCCCUUAUCGCUACCUGUCACAAAGGCAUGCCUGAGGUGGUACAGCGGCUGCUGGGGGCCGGGGCUGAUGUCACCUUGUGUAACUGCAGCCAGCAGACAGCACUCCACAUUAGCCCUCCUGAGCUCCAGGGGAAAGUGUUGGGGUGGAUGUCGAGGCCUCAUCUGCCUCCCCAGGCACAGCUGCUGCAGGCUGCCUGGCAGGGAGACCUGCACUCUUUACAGCACCUGCUGGUUCAGACAGACAAGGUGGAUGUGAAUGUUCCUAAUUGUGACGGCGUGACGGCUGUGAUGCUUGCUGUUCGGGACAUUGACCUGUUUGAGGCCUUAGCGAUACCGUUGCCAUGGGAACACCAACCUGUGGAAGUGGUAAAGGAACUGCUGGAACUCUCAGCUGACCUGCGGGUACGAGAUCACAGUGGCCAUUCUGCUUCCCAUUCUACAUAA